UGUCAUAGCAAGAAAACUAUCCCAUGUUCCAACCAAUUGCURAAAACAGGAGUAACGAAAAUAGUACUGAACCCCUGUCGACAAUGGAGGCAGGUAGAAUAUUAGAGAGGCUUAGRGYAMAUUUAAAGGGAAUGGAGAAUGAGAGAACAAGGUGCUCUAAUAUUAAAGGAGAUAUAUCGGGCAAGAUGAAGCGCCAUAUAAAAGAGGCGCUCAUCAUGGCYGAUGAGAUAGAGGAAAGAAUAGRUAAACAAUCGGGCUCUCCGUUCUCUAAAGCUGAAGCCGUUAUUCAGCUAAGGACGGAAGCUAAGAUUAGAGAUGAGAGACUUCGCAUAAUUGAAGAAGAAAAUAAUAGGCURAAAAAASAGCAMAAGAAACGCGAARCKAUAAGCYAAGGGAAACAAGCGCUGCCUGUUAGAAACAAGGUCACACCAGCUCUAGAGAAGAGGAUAGAAGACGCAAGGGCUGAUGUAAACGUAGGGAGUAUAAUGAGUAUGUUGAGGGAUGUCAACAGAAAUAUAGAGGCCCUACAAAAAGCUCAGGCAGAGUUGUGGAAUGCCUUUAAUGGCAUCAGCAG